AUGAGCACGAUCGUCUUUCUGGGAGCACCACCUGCGUCAGAUGUCCACCGACCGUUGGGGGAUUAUGAAUGGCGAACUGCAUCGUCUACUGUUGUAAACCCCUCAAAGUCGACAGUGACUCGACAACACUCUAUGUAUCUGACGGCGCAACAACUCGAUGAGCUUCCUCCUGCGACACUCGAAGCUGUCAGCAGGAGAAUUUCUCUAGUAUAUCAGAAUGUUAUAUUCAAUGAUGCAGACGAGGAUGACGGUGAAGAGGACAAAUCAGAGACAUUCAUAACAUGGCCACCAACGGCCCCUUAUGGGUCUCAAAGCCAGAGCGGAGACGAAACUCAUGCCCCAGGCCAGAUACCUUCGUUUUUGGAUGUGUCCAAGUCGAUAGCGCCGGUCUUGGAAUCCCAGUUUGAGACACAGAUGGAAGAAUCCCAGUCGUAUGACAACUCUGGGGGAGAGUCAAUCGCGCGUUUCCCCGAGUUCCACUUUUCGCUCAAUGCACUCACUUCUUUGUCUGCGCUGGCAAAGGCAAACGGCAAAGGGAGCAACGUCAAGGUGUCGAUGUUAUUGGCGGUUUUGGAGGUUGACGGACCAGAUACGUUUCGCUUCAAGAAGGGAAAGGAUGCAGGCAAGGAGUCAUUUGUGCUGAAGAUGAUCUUGGGUGAUGAGGAGGGAAAUGUCUGCAAGCUGACGGCAUGGAGGGAGGUAGCAGAAGACUGGGGUGGGUGUGGUUCUGACAUCGGUGCGAAACGAGGAGACGUUCUUCUGCUGACUGAUGUUAUGGCUGGCCACGAGCCCGCCACUGCUGUUACGCUGACAGCCUCUCCAUGGCAUAAACCAAAGCUUGAGAUUUGUUAUCGGACCAUGCCCUAUUUGCAUGAAGACCACCGACUUCGGCCAGAUCUGCGAUUGGGCGCGAGUGACGCUUGUGUGCGAAAAGUCGCUGCGGUGGUUACAUGGUUCGAGAAUAUGGCUGGGCUGCCCGCGCAAUGA